AUGGCCCCCGGCACACGAACCCUCAAGCCCAGUGCUGAAGCACCCUACACAGGCCGCAUAACCCGCAGCAGAGCAGCCAGUCAGAAGAAACAGGAGCAACAGCAACAGCAACCACCCCCAAAACUUCGUCGUUCAAAGCGGAAGCGCGCCGUCGCCGACGACGAAGACGACGACGAUGGAGACAAGGACGGAGAUGGCAACAAGGACGACAACAACAACCCCAAGGACAAAAGCCCACCGCCCAAGAGAAAGCGAGGCGCCAACCGCUGCAAGUUCUGCGGCGCCGACCCCGUCGGCAAGCAACUGUUCCAGGAGCGGCCCUGCGACUACACCAAGAUCUGGAAGGAAAACUUCAUCGAGUGCCGCAACUGCGCCGACCACCGCUCCCGGAACCCGGGCGUCCAGCACAAGUGCCAGCCCCCCAACAUCAACAAGGUCUGGCGCCAGUACGGCGUCGCGGAUCCGACGACGUACACGCCGGCGACGUGCGACCAGUGCCUCGGCGGCAAGCUCGCCCACCAGUGCAACGUCGAUCCCAUCCUCGGAUACGGAUGCAGCACGACAAAGGCCUGCAGGGAGGGCACCUGCACCGUCAACGGCCAGCCGAUGGAGAAGCCGCCCCGGCCCCAGGCCAACGUCGUCCGCUGGACGCGGGCAGAGUGCCACGUCUGCGAGAACAAGACCAAGAAGGGCACGGGCACCAUGGGAUGCAGCUGGCUCAGGGACCGCACCACAUGGGACCAGGCCUGCGACUACUGUCAAGCCCACAACUUGGUUUGCAUGAGCGGCGGCAACAUCAUUGCCAGCCCCGCGAGGCUGACGCUGCCAAAGACAUGGGCCCUCAACCAUCAAGUCUUCGACUGGGGCUUCAUCGAGUGCAGGGCCAUCAACCCGCACCGCAGGAACUGCAAGCGCUGUCUGGAGGACGGGCACGAGCACUGCCGGGUCGAUGCCGGUGCCUAUGACUUUGCCUGCAACCGCUGCGCCCAGCUGGGCAUCGACUGCAUCGACAGCAAGGACGACACCCACUACCCCCUAUUUGACCUGGCCAGAGUCGGCAUCGGCGGCUUCAUGCCCUUCCCCGAGUGCUCGUGCUGCACAAAGCACGGGAGAAACUGCGAUCUCCAGCGCCCCUGCGACUCGUGCGUCAAGCACGGCGAUGAGUGUGACGAGUUCAAGGGCGUCACGGCCAGAUAUUGCUUCAAUGGCCGGCUGAGCCCGCCUCCUGGGCCUCUUUACUAUCUGGCCUUGGGAUAUGGAGCGCAGGGUGUCGACGACCCCAAGGACGGAUCUGCCAUCGAACAUUGGGUAGGUCCAACUACCAACGUCUACUGCAUGCUUCCCGACAAGCAGAAGAAGGAAUACCUUACGGCGUUGGGCGCCCAUUUGAAAGCCAAGCUCCAUCCACCUGGGGUCCCGCCUCACGGGGAUGCGACUCAGGGGGGUCUUGUAGCCGGGCGAGCGAGUGAGAUAACUCAGCAGCAGAUUGUGGCAUGGAUUCAGGCCCAGUGGCCCCAGGCCCGUCCGAUGAAUCAGUUUGAUGUAUAUCAGGGAUACGUUGACGAGGCACAGCAGCAGGUCCAGAUUGUGCGCGCCGGAGGAGCCGGGAAAAGAAUCCCUAGGCUAAGGUCAGGGAAUGGAGAGGAAGACAGCGGCGACAACGAUGGCCACGACGACAGUAAUGGUGAUGGCAACGAUGACGACAACGACGGCGAUAACCACGGAGACGAUAAUGACGGCAAUGGCGAUGAUGGCAAUGGCGAUACUCCAAUGGACGACACAGCUGGUUCCAAUGACCAAGAGCAUGCCCGCAUCAGAACUGCUGACACCGCCGCCGCCCUUGCCCUCGCCCAUUCUGCCAUCGCGAGCCCUCUGCCUCCAGCUCCACCACCUCUCGAGGUCGACGGAGAUAGUUCCCACUGGCUCUUGGGGUACAUCAGUCAAGACAACAUCAUCGCUGACGGCGCAGGUGUAGCAGCAGCAGCAGCUCCUCCGAUCGGGAACCCCUUUUUGCAUGUGCCCGCCCAGGAGCAGUUCAACUUUGACGCUGCGCUUCGUUCGAUGAUGUCCGACCUCGACUUCAAUGGCUUCGACGUCCCCGUUUCUGAUUCUAACAUCGACCCCAAUCUAGCUUCAGUCUUUUUCACGGGAAAUGUUGACUUGAGUCAGGUUGAAGUUCCAGUCGUUGAUCCCAGCAUGGACGUCAAUAUAGAUCUCGGCUCCUUUGCGGUAAACCCCGACUUCAACCCGUUUCAAGUCCCCGGUCCUGAACUCGGGAUGGAUGUCAAUGGCAUCAACUUUGACGACGUCAACAUCGACGACAUCGACGUGAACGACAUCAACUUAGACGACAUUGACGCCAUCAGCAUGGCCGACAUCGACUUCAACCUCGAUGGCGACCUGUACACCGACUUCAACCCGAUCCAAGCCCCCGAGGCUGACGACAGCGCGGAUACGGACAUUGAUCCCGACUUGUACAGGGGAGAACCCAACUUUGACCCGUUCCAGGUUGACGAAGACGCGAUUAUCGAUGUCGAUAUCGAUCCCGUCCUUGAUCCCGUUGCUGGGCCCGAGAUCCAAGUCGGCGCCGACCACAGCGUCCACACCAACACCGAUCCCAACACAGGCUUGCUGAACACGCCGGGUCUGGAUUACGCCAUGAUGACGCUCCUCAUGCCAUACAUGCGAGGCGAUGCAGCACCAGCAGAAGAUCAUGAUCCCGUCGGCUGA